AUGGCAGCAAAUACUGUUUCAGGUGCUCGUGAUCAGUCUUUAUCAAAAAGUUGGCAGUUUACUUUGCAUUAUUUCAGUGUAACAAAUGAUGUAUUAGUGACAUUGAAUGAAGUUAUUGAAGCGCACGAAGAACUGGAAGCGGAAGCAGAAGCAGUACUGGGUGGGGCUAAUGAUGAUGUGUGCACGUAUGUCGAGGGAUAUAAACCAAGACAACCUCUUUAUGCAUGUCGCGAUUGUACAACUAUUUCUGGACCUGCUGCGCUAUGCUAUGGGUGCAGCAUAAAUUGUCAUGACGGACACGAACUUUUUGAACUGUACACAAAACGGAACUUUUGUUGUGACUGCGGGAAUUCAAAAUUUGAAAGUUCAUGUGCACUAUACAAGGAAAAAAAACCUCUAAAUGAGCGAAAUGUGUACAAUCAUAAUUUUGACGGUCUUUAUUGUAUUUGCAAUCGUCCAUAUCCAUGCGAAGAAUAUAGUGAUUCUGAAAUGCUCCAGUGUGUAAUAUGCGAGGAUUGGUUUCAUCUUCAGCACCUGGAAGCACCUGACAGUAUCAAUGUCAACGAGAUAGAUGAAGUAAUUUGUAGAACAUGUGUUUCACGCUUCACGUUUCUGUUGUUUUAUGCUGAUGAAACAUAUAGUGAAAUGUCUGGUAACGAUCAGUUAUGCAAACUGAAGUGUUUAGAAGAAAAUUCCAAGACAGAUGAAAACAAACUACCACGCUCCCUAUUUUUCAACUCAUAUACGUGGCGAAGUCGCCUAUGUCAGUGCAAAAAUUGCUGUAAGCUUUAUGAAGACUAUAAUCUCCAAUUUUUAACUGAUCUCAAUGACUGCAUGCAAACGUUUGUUGACUCACAUUCAAAUGACGAUAGCAAAAGACAAAGGCACGAUGACCGAUACAUGACUAAUGCUUUGAUUAGUGUCGCAGGUCGUGAAACAGCAAUAACACUUUUCCGAGGGUAUGAAGAGAUGAAGCGAAAAUUAGGAAAUCGCUUCAAGCGAUUAGCUGAUGAAGGAAGAGAAGUCAAAAAAGAAGAUAUCGAUGAGCUUUUUCAGGAACUUGAAAUGGAACGUAAACGUCGUCGCGACAAUAUCCUCUCACAGUUGUAA